AUGCAGAGAAUAUAUAUAGUCGGUGGGCAUAUUAGUGAGGAUCAGGAGAAGGGAAAUGUCUUCACCAACCCUUCAAAUGAGUGUGCAGAAUUCAAUAUGUUUCUUGAUCCCUUAGCCGCAAAGACAGUAGUAGAAUCUGAGCUCGAUGUCACAUUAAUCCCUCUUGAUGCUCAGCGCAAAGUGACUUCUUUUGGUUUGGUCUUAAAACACUUGCAGCAGAAACUGAAGACAUCCGAAUCAGUGUUUGUGCAUCAUCUGCUCUCAAGAUUGCAUAAUUUACAGAAAAGACAUAAAGCAUACAAUCAUAUGGAUAUAUUUUUGGGAGAAAUCCUUGGCGCUGUGUUCAUGGUUGCUAGUGAUCAUCUAAAUCCAAUAAUCAAAGCCAAGCCAGUGAAUGUCCUCGCAGGUAAUAUCAACACAGAUGGACAAAUAGUUGUCAAUGAAGGACAGGGGAAAAUAAUUAAUGCAUUGGAAAGUUUGGAUUCUGAAGCAUACUACAAUAAUUUCGCAAAAUUACUCGGGGAGAAAAAACAAUCUGCCGUAAUCAGUAGCUUUGCUGAACAAAAGAGAAUGUGGAGGAUGCCACCUAAUGCUUCCUAA